AUGUCGUCCUCAUCCUCCAAGCCGAGCACUUCGAAGCUCAAGAUGCAGCACACUGGUAGCUCCACUGGCGCGACUUUGUCGGCACCAGGUAAGAGGGGAAGCGGACAAGUGUUCAGAUUCAGCAAGAGCGCCGAAGCAAAGAGGUUACAAGGUCAAUCUGGAGCAGGUCAAAAGCCACCGUCUUCGUUGCGUGCAGAUGCGCACACUAGGGAGGGCAAAGGAGAUGCAAAAGCAAAGGGUGCGAAUGCCGCAGUCCGCGCCAAGGUCGCUGCAGCUAGUAAAAGUGCAAACAGGCAAAGACGUUCCAGGCUCAGCAAAUUCGACUCGGAUUCAGAAAAUGACGACGCGCGAGAUUCAGCCAGCGACGAUGACGGUUCGGACGAACUUGCGAGCGACGACGAGGAGCAGCGCACUACAGCGGCAGCGACUGAAGCGAGUCAAGGCAAGAGCACAAAGACGUCCAAGAGAAAGCGACGGGCAGUCUCUCCCGAGACGUUCGGGCAGACACUGUUAGGACUGAUUGGUCAAUCAGCGCAGGCAGGUCAGGACACGAUCGACGAGCACAAGGCGGAAUCCGGAAAUGACAAAGACGAGCAAGAUCAGCCUUCGAAGAAAGCGCGCACUUCCGCCUCGUCCGGUGCAGGUCCGAUGCUCUCCCUCGCACCACAGCUCCGUCGAGCUGUAGCUUCUUCUCGCCUGUCAGCCAAAGCGGCCCGCGUCAUGCUUCAAGCUCGCAAAGAGAGGCAGGAGCGUGCGCGGGUAAAGGAUGUGAUCAGUGGGUGGGGCGCCCCUGGUCUGCCACCUGGAGUCACGCCGGACUUGAAUAGCCAAAAGGAGAUGGCCGAGGCUUGGAUCAAGGACGGCGGAGCGGCGGGAAGAGAGCGCAAGCUUCGAAAGGUCGCUCAGAGAGGAGGUGAGUCGCGGUCAAUUGCUAGUUGCGCCAUGCCCGACAGGAUGCGCAGUACUAAUUCACACUCUGCACCUCGCGCUCCUUUUCAAGUUGUCAAGCUCUUCAACGCGAUUCGAGCAGCCCAAUCCACAUCCGUGGAAGACCUGUCUCGCUCGGUGCAGCCUCGUGGUGUAGCGCCUUCUCCUUCUCCAUCCGUGUCAGAGGUGCAAGAGAGAAGGAAUUCAGGCAAGAGGCAUCAGGGUCGGGAGCCAGAGCAGUGGCAGAGCAAAGGUCAGCAAGUUGCUCAGCUGAGCAAGAACAACUUUUUGGACUUGAUCAGAGCGGGAAAGACCUCCAAGGCCUGA